UUGUGCUGUAUUUUUGAUAGGGUUGAAAACCUGGCUACUUCGGACUUUUCACGGGACAGCGAUGUCGGGAGCGAUCGAGACUUAAUUUUCAGGGAGAGUCACUGUGAAAUUGAAAGGAGAAGGCGAAAUAAAAUGACAGCAUAUAUCAACGAGCUUUGCGAGAUGGUUCCGACUUGUAGUUCCCUGGCAAGGAAACCGGACAAAUUAACCAUACUGCGGAUGGCUGUCAUUUUCUGGAAGCUCCUUUAUGGGGUUGAUUUUCUUUACAAAUUCACUAAACGCUGCGCAUUUUCUUGGCAAUACAUCGGAAAUUUCAUAUGCACCGUAUACAUUGGCAACCCCCUUAGUUGGCUAUUCAGGUUUGAAGUUUAA